AUUCCUGUGUGUAUGGAAGAUUAGAUAUAACAACUGAACUAACUGCAUCAUAUCGACUAUAAAGAGCGAAAGAGAUUAACGAUAACCUCCAAAAAUGAAUGAAACUGUUGGCCUCGAUGUGGAAAAAAUUAAAAAUUUUCAAGUCCCUGGGACGACAGUGAUCUCAUUCUUGUUGUCGAGGACCAAAAACUCCACGUUCACCGCACCAUCCUCAUAAUGGCGUCACCAGUGUUUAAGGCCAUGCUUUCAUCCAACUUCAAAGAAAAAGAUACUAAUGAAAUUAUCUUGCCAGGGAAGAAGAUUAACGAGUUUGUCGACUUGCUGCGACAACUUUAUCCUCUACAUGAUGGCGAAAUAACACUGAAGAGCAUCAAGUACAUUUACAGUCUAGCUGAUGAAUACCAGAUGACAAAAGUGAUGAAGGACUGCAGACUGUUCUUGUUAUCAACAAGAAAGACAAAAGAAAAUGCCAUGGACAUGUUGCUGUUAGCACAGGACUUGGAGGCAGCGGAGGCACGCCAGCAAUGUUAUGACAUACUGAAUAAAAUGGCAUUGACUGAUUUGGAAAGUCUGGAAGGUUUUUCUGAAUUGGACGGACCAAGUAUUCAAGCGUUACUCCUACCAAUGGUCAAGCGACUUCAACAAUGCAUAAGCAAGAUUUUCCCUGAGUUUGUAGGUGCAUUGGAUGGGAUGAUGUAUUUAUGGAGCCACGAAAACAAUUCAGUUAAAAUGAGUGGUGUUCCAAGCAAAUGUCCAAAACACAAAAUAUUUUCCGCAAACUAUGUGCGUGGUAGGUUUGGUGUUGAUAAAACUUGUGAAAGAAUAAAAUGUGAUGAAUGCCGAGCAAUGCUUAAACAAAUGGCCAAAAAGGCUCAUUCCUACAGUUCUCCAUCUAGCGCUUAUAUUAGCGAAAACAUCGUUAGUGUUCUUGAAGAAAUGAUGGACCUCAUCAAAGAGCACUAACUGAACAAUAACGAUUUCUCAAGCAAUGAUUGCAAAUAUUGGGUGCAUGCAGACCUCACGUAAGAUCUACGUAAAUAAUUCCGUAAUGAAACAUCUAAUCACCUUAGUACUGGUCAUGAUAAAUAUAGGUCUGAUAUUCUUUAA